AUGUUGUUGCGAGUGCCAAAUGGAGGACUUCGGCUGAUCAGCGUGCUUUCAACGAGGAGUGCUGCAUCACAGGCAUCCUCAUCUACAACACCGCCAUUAACGAAUACUCCGUUGAAUGAUGAGAAGGCGAAAGAAAUCGAACAAUGUUUUUCACGGCUUGAUCUCACAUUCCGAAAUACCAAGGAGGCUUUUAAGUCAAAAUCGAACGGUGAACUGCUGAGGGCGAUUGCCGUACUCCAAAUUUGUGAAUAUGAAUUCCUCGUGCAAAACAAUAUGCGGAUACUCAACACACUUCGGGCCACCCUCGGGAAGAAUCUUUUCAAAAAACUACUCAAAAAGACGUUUUAUGGACACUUUGUUGCCGGCGAGGAUGAGAAUGAGGUGAUGCCAACUGUGGAGCGGCUGAAGCAAUUCGGAGUAAAAUCGAUUCUCGAUUAUUCGGUCGAAGCCGAUUUGACCCCGAAGCAAGCACAAGAGAAGACGGAGAAGGGGAUGUCAAAAGCAACACAAGUAACUUCUGAGGCAAUUACCUCAUCAGGACUCGUCGACAAAAAUACCGCCGAGAAGACUCGAGAACGCUACUCUGCUCAUCACGAAUUCGCUGAUCGUCGAAAGGACCAAUUCUCAGCAAGGACAUACUUCUACGAAGGAGAAGAAGAAUGCGAUCGUAAUCGGGAUAUUUUCUGUCAGACUGUCGAUGCUGUGGCCAAGGCGACCGGUGGUGAAGGAUUUGCGGCUAUAAAAAUUACGGCUCUUGGACGUCCAGGACUGCUACUGAAACUCUCUGAAUCGAUUGCUCAAACAAAGAAUUUCUUCAACGCCCUCACGAGUGACACGAAUAGCCGAACUGAGAAAAGACGACUUACCGAAUCGGAUUUCAUCCAGAAGUUAAAGGAAUUUGGCGUUCGCACCGAUUCCGAGGAGGCCUCCGAUUGGUUCAAGUCUGUUGAUUUCGAUUCAGAUGGCUCACUGGAUUUCCAUGGUUGGCAACAUUUACUGGAAGAAAACAAAAAGUUAGGCGAUAUGUUCAAGGUUUUAAACAUCAAAACCGGGAAGCUUGAGCCGCUGAUUCAAAACUUGACUAGUGAUGAAGAGAAAGAGUUCACCAACAUGGUUCGUCGAACACUCGAUGUUGCAGAACAUGCUAUUUCAAGAGGAGUCAGAGUAAUGGUUGACGCUGAGCAAACGUAUUUCCAGCCGGCUAUCAGCAGAAUGGCAAUUCAAAUGAUGAGAAAAUACAAUAAAGAACGAGGAAAUAUCUUUAACACGUAUCAAGCCUAUCUAAAGAGUGCUCUCGAUUGUAUGGAGUGUGAUAUGCAAUUGGCGAGAAGAGAGGGAUGGCAUUUUGGAGCGAAAUUGGUACGUGGUGCUUACAUGGAACAAGAGCGUAAACGGGCCACCACAAUCGGGUACGAGGACCCGAUCAACCCAGACUUUGAGGCCACCUCCAAGAUGUACGAAAAAUGUUUAACCAGGAUAGCUGAUGAGUGUGAUCGCCGAGGCCGGGGAAAUGUUUCUGUGAUGGCCGCUUCGCACAAUGAAAACACUGUUCGCUUUGCGGUUAAUUUAAUGCGUGAACGCUGCUACGCUCCAAGUGAGAAGAUUCUUUGCUUUGCUCAACUUUACGGCAUGUGUGAUCAGGUUUCUUUCCCUCUCGGUCAAGCCGGCUACUCAGUGUACAAAUAUCUCCCAUAUGGACCCGUUGAAGACGUGUUGCCUUAUCUUUCACGAAGAGCCCUAGAAAAUGGAUCAUUGCUCAAGAAGGCAAAUCAGGAACGCGGCCUCUUGAUAAAAGAAUUCCGCCGACGUAUUGGUGCUGGACAAUUGGUUUACAAAGUGCCGAUUCCCGAGAAA